GUUAACCAUUUCGGAGUCACAAAAAAAGAAAAUGUUGUCCGUUUUGGAAACUGCAGCCAAAGAAAACAACGUAGAUAUUCUGUACGAAACAAUAAUCCCCGAAAACCCAAACAUCCUCAAAGAAAUCGAGGACACCCCAUUUGCACACACGCCGCUGCACGUCGCCGCGUCACAUGGCAACACCAUUUUCGCGGCGGAAAUGAUGAGCUUAAUGCCGUCUUUUUCCAGGAAGCUGAAUUGUGAGGGCCUAAGCCCGUUACACCUGGCUCUGCAAAACGGACAUCUGGAAACCGCAAGGGAGAUGAUAGAGUUGGAGAGUGGGCUGAUUCGAGUGGCGGGGAGGAGAAAGAUAACGCCGAUGCACUCCUUGGUCUCCGUUAUGGGUAACGACGAGAAUGAUGAUGUGAAGAAGAAAGUGGAUCUGUUGAUUGAUUUUCUUGAGGCAUGCCCUGAAGCCGUUACUGACGUGACGGUUGAAGGCAAAACCCCCUUGCAUAUUGCGGUGGCUUCAAAGCGUGUUGAUGCUUUUAAAGUGCUGUUUGGGUGGGUGUGCAGGACUGGACAGAAUUCUGUGUUGGACAAGCAUGAUAUUGAUGGCAACAAUUUGAUGGAUUUGGCUAAUAAGAACACUGAUCAUCAAACUGAGGUUAUGAGAAUACUAAAGGGGUUUGUGUCUCUAACCAAAGAAAACAAGCAAGGACAUACCCCCACCGAGAGAGGACAAGGCUGCAGCAACAAGAUAGUGGAGAUCAAACAAGAGAAAGAAGACAUAUCAAAGGAACAUCGCCGCACAUUCUUCAUGUCCCAAGAGACAUUUGUGCAAACAACCAUCCGUAUUAUUGUUCGCGCGCACAGCGGCAUGUCCAUGGACAAGCGCAACAUGAUGUUAGUUGUGGCCACGCUCGUGGCCACCGCCGCCUACCAAGUCGUCCUCCAACCCCCUACUGGCAUCGCGCCCGCAACUCCCGAUCAUACAACAACCACCCAAAUCGCUUCGGACAGUAGUUUCUUCGGAUUGUCUAUGUCAACCCGUGGCAGCCUGUUCAAUGUGUUUGUGCCUCUUAACACAUUGGCGUUGAACCUCUCUUUAGCAUUGAUACUAUUCGUACUCCCCUUUGAUCUAGGGAGCGGUAUGUUACACUUAACAUUGCUAGCCAUGUCGGUUAGCUACAUCACAGUGCUGGAAUACAUAUUAGAAAAGCAUAAACUACCUUUAGUGAUAUCGGAAUUUAUUUACGGCAUGUUUGCUGUGGUUUUAAUUGUACAUCUUAAUGUUCGCACAUUAAGAGUACGGUCGCGGAUGGCUAACAGAGAUCAGUCGCGGAAGGUUAAGAUAUCCAGAGAUCUGUCGCAGAAGCUUUCUAAUUUCAACCUGCAGAUAAAGACCGUGCUCCGCUCACCUGCCCUAACCACUAAGGACGGCAAUAAAGAUAAACCCAAAUGCCAGUGAAGAUCACGAAUCAAUUACUCACCGGGGAGUGUGCCAAACAUGGUUUCCAAACAGGGAGAGAUUGGGAUGGUUCUCCAAUCAGGGAAAAGAGCCUAACUCGAUUGAUUUUUCUGUAAUGAGAAUGAACCUUCUUACUUAUUUAAAAAAAAAAAUCAAAAUACAAGUAAAUACAUA